AUGAACUCCCGCGAGCAGUCUGACAUGCCUCCGGCCCCCUCCUACCCUUCUCCUAACGGGGCGCAGAUGGCCCAGGGUGCCAUGCCGUACUACAGCAAUCGCCAGAUGACCACCGACGAGCUCCUCUCUGCAGAGCUAUCGCGCGAGGCCUCUGGUCCUGGCCUGGGCGAUGGAUCGAAUAAUGGUGUCCACCAUGGUCAAGGAAUGGUGUUGGGCUCGUCGAAUGCUGGCGACAUGGGUCGGCCUUCCAACGAGGACCAGCACCAGCAUCAGCACAUGCUCCAGUUUCCUCCAAGCCAGCAAGUGGGCGUGGAUCCGAAUCAUGAUCUGAGCUAUGGUGAACAGAGCGCGCGUAAGCGAUCGAAAAUUUCAAGAGCCUGCGAUGAGUGCCGGCGCAAGAAGGUGCGAUGUGACGCCAGCUCGGAGACUGGCCUCGAAACGUGUUCCAAUUGUCGCCGACUGGGUGUGGUGUGCCAAUUCAGUCGCGUGCCCAUGAAGCGCGGGCCCAGCAAAGGGUACAUCAAAGAGCUCGCCGAACGCCUCCAUACCCUCGAAAGCCAGAUGCAACCUGGUAUCGUUCAACCUGAUGUUCCAUACCAAUCAAUGAACGAGGUGUCCCUCUCACGAGGGUACCAGGACUUCACAUCACCCGUGGACCCCGGCUCUGCCAGUCGCAAGCGAACAUACUCGGUCUUCGAGGGACUGCCGAGCUCUUCCUUUGCUCAGCCAUCAUUCAAUGGCCGCGGGUCGCAAAAUGCCUUCGACGCUCCAGAAACAACCGCCGACCCGUACAAUCCCACCGUCGUGGGCGGCGCCGCGCCUAAGCCUGGCAAUCUGUUCUGGAACCCCACUGGAAAUGAGCAAGAUAUCCCAAGUGGUCUGGAGAUGACAGAGCUACCCAAGCACGAAGGUGAUGAUGAUAUGGCACCUGUCCAUCUCGACGAGGGCGCCUUGGAUGCGUACUAUCAGAAGGUGCACCCUCUUUUGCCUAUCCUUCCACACACCAGGGAGCGUACCUUGGAGCUGCUUCACCAGUGCAACCGAGAAACCCAGGAAAUCUUCUGCUAUGCAUUAUACACUGUCACUCGCACUGACCUGUCGCGUGUUGCCGGCAACUUCGAGAAGGUCACCUCAUUUGACAACGCCCAGGACCUUCUUCUGUACCACACCCGCCAGCCUCUGAUCGUUCACUCGACAGCGGCAAACUUGAUUUGGCUGCAGACUUUGAUCCUGAUGAUCAUCGACUGUGAUACGCGGGGCCCGGAUAACUUUGUCCUGAAGGAUGGCAUCCCGAAGCAUACUCUGGUCCAGGCGGCGAGCAAGCUUGGGUAUGAUUUGGCCAAGAACCAGGGCCAGCUAAAGACCAAGCGAGUCGCCGAUGCGGAUGUCGACUCAGAUGCCAACUUGACGCGCCGCAGCUGGGUUGCCUUCAUCAUCCUGACUCGCUGGUACGCCAUUAGCGUAGCAGACGCGACUGUCAUCGGAGGACAGGAGAUUGGUGGCCGUGAGGAUGAGCGGGUUGUCGGCCAGAUUACCACCGGAAUCGCCUCCUACUCAACUUUCCUAACCGAAAUGGUCACCCUUGCCACCGUGGAUCACAACGUUUGUCAGACAAACACCGGACUCGGUCGCAUGGUCGGCGCCAACAUGGUCGCCUCGCUCGAGCGCCUCGCGGAGAUGGAAGAUAUCUUCAAAGUGCAGGAGAUGCCUGAGAGCACCACCCGCCCGCUUUUCGAAAGCCUUCAAAACCAGCUCUACUGGACCGUCCGCCUCCUCAUCAAGCGCCAUGUUUUCAUCUAUAGCCCCCAUGAAAUAAUCUACUGCGCUCAAGAGGUGGUCAACGAGCUUCACAAAGCAACCCUGCAAAACCGCCUCUGCACACCAUUCGAUUUGCACAGCCUCGCUCUCGCCUCUAUGACGCUGCUCGAGGCGUCCGUUCUGCCCGAACACAGUGAUGAAUGCUGGAUCUCCCUUGAGAAAGUCGAGGAAAUCCUGGAGCGUCGCGCAAAACUCUCCAUGGAGUCUUCUGAGUUCAGCAAUAUCUUUGGAACGCCCGGCUGGGACGCCAAGAUCCGUGUCUUCCUCGAGUGGCGCCGAGCAAAGUCUCAAGAAUCACUUCUCCACGACGCCAGUGGUGCAUUCAAAAUCGGCGCCGGUUCCCAGCAUCCUGUCAUGGGCCCGAACGAACAGCGUUCGCUUCAACAUCUGGCCGAUUUGGCAGUGGGUGCCGAGGGCUCGGUUGGCCAGAACGCUUCGACGCCGCCGCCAGGGUUGUCCGCCGAUCAGGGCGAGACAUCGCCGAACCUUGCGCCGCAGCUUGCGCAGGCGGGUGGUGGGACUGGUCGUGUAGUAGUGGACUUCACUAUGCUCACGAAGGAAGGUUAUCUGAACGUUUUCUCCGGUCUCAUCUACCGCCGUACUCGUUAA